AUGGUCGAUACAAGUAAAAUAUUAGGUUUACUACAACAAGCCAAAGUUGAGAUAAAAAAAGGACACUCAGUGAACCUUAAUAACCUAUCAAAUUUGAUUAAGGAGAUGAAAAUCAUGCUUAUUGAGCUUCCUAGCUUAUCACUGUCCUCUAAAGAAAUAGAUUUAACAGAAUUAGUAAUCGCAAGGGAUGUAUUGGAGAUAUCAGUAUUGGUUUCUGUUAGAAAAGAGGACCUAUUGGGAUUUGAGAGAGACUUUUUAAAUUUACAAAGAUACUAUAUUGACUAUGAAUCGAUUCUUGCAAAAUCUACAAAUCAAGACAUGAUUAAGGGCUUGUACUUGUUAUAUCUUCUCAGUUGUGACAGAAUAAGUGAUUUCCACAUAGCCUUGGAGAUCAUUUCUCCAAAUGACCAAGAAAACGAGUUUAUUUCUUUCUCUAAGAAACUGGAGUUAUAUCUCUUAGAUGGUAAUUAUAGCAAAAUAAUGCAAAUGCAAAGUAGCUUACCUACACCAGACUAUCAGAUCUUCUUUAAAGAGCUGAUAGAUACCUGUAGAGAAAAGGUAGCAAAAUGUAUUGAGUGCAGCUAUGAUAAGAUAAGCAUAGACAAGCUUAAGAGUAUGAUGAGAUUUUCCACUAAUGAGGAGUUGAUUUCUUUUAUCAAUGAGAUGUCUCCCAACUCUACCAAGGAAAAUCUUAACAAUUCAAACGUUCAAUGGAAGCUCAUUGAUAAUGCUGUUUACUUUGAGAAGAAGAGCUCAAGCUGUUCUAACAAUCUAGAUCUCAUCUCAAAUACACUAGGGUACGCAAUUGAGCUUGAAAGAAUUAUCUAA